CUGCCAAGUCGCCCCUGCAGUGGAUUCCCCAAUGAACUUGAAGCAUCCCCAUGACUUAGUCAUACUAAUGAGACAAGAAACAACAGUGAACUACCUCAGAGAACUGGAGAAGCAAUUAGUUGCUCAAAAAAUUCACAUAGAGGAGAACGAGGACAGAGACACAGGACUGGAACAGAGACAUAAUAAAGAAGAUCCAGACUGCAUCAAAGCCAAGGUGCCCUUAGGAGACCUGGACCUAUAUGACGGAACAUACAUAACUUUGGAGAGCAAAGACAUUAGCCCUGAAGAUUAUAUAGACGCAGAAUCUCCUGUCCCGCCAGAUCCCGAGCAGCCCGACUGUACGAAAAUUCUAGAACUUCCAUAUAGUAUACAUGCAUUCCAGCACUUGCGAGGUGUACAAGAGAGAGUUAAUCUUUCUGCUCCUCUGUUGCCUAAAGAAGAUCCAAUCUUCACGUAUUUAUCUAAGCGGUUAGGAAGGAGUAUAGAUGACAUAGGUCACCUCAUUCAUGAGGGCCUGCAGAAGAAUGCUUCUUCAUGGGUGCUAUAUAACAUGGCUUCAUUUUACUGGAGAAUAAAAAAUGAACCAUAUCAAGUAGUGGAAUGUGCCAUGCGAGCGCUUCAUUUCUCUUCUAGGCAUCACAAAGACAUAGCUUUGGUCAAUUUAGCCAAUGUGCUGCACAGAGCACACUUCUCCGCUGACGCCGCUGUCGUGGUGCACGCGGCCCUGGACGACAGUGACUCCUUCACCGGCUACUACACGCUGGGGAACAUAUAUGCAAUGCUGGGGGAAUAUAACCACUCGGUGCUCUGUUAUGACCAUGCUUUGCAGGCCAAACCUGGGUUUGAGCAAGCUCUAAAGAGGAAGCAUGCUGUCCUCUGUCAGCAAAAACUGGAGCAGAAAUUGGAAGCUCAACAUAGAUCCCUCCAGCGAACACUGAAUGAGUUAAAAGAGUAUCAGAAGCAGCACGACCAUUACCUGCGACAGCAGGAGAUCCUGGAGAAGCACAAGCUGAUUCAGGAAGAGCAAAUCUUAAGAAAUAUCAUCCACGAGACUCAGAUGGCAAAAGAAGCGCAGUUAGGAAAUCAUCAAAUAUGCCGGCUGGUCAACCAGCAGCAUAGCUUACAUUGCCAGUGGGACCAGCCUGUGCGCUACCACCGAGGAGAUAUCUUUGAAAACGUGGACUAUGUUCAGUUUGGUGAGGAUUCAUCAACCUCCAGUAUGACAUCUGUGAACUUCGACGUUCCUACAAAUCAGAGUGGUGUCAGUGACUCAGUCAGGUCUUCCCCCAUAGCCCACUCUGUUCUCUGGGUGUGGGGCCAGGACUCUGACACAUAUCGGGACAAACAGAGUAUUCUGUGGCCUAAAAGAGCAGAUUGUACAGAGAGCUACCCCAGAGUCCCUGUUGGCAGGGAAUUGCCAACAUAUUUUCUGCCUCCGGAGAACAAAGGACUCAGGAUCCACGAACUCAGCAGUGAUGAUUAUUCUUCAGAAGAAGAGGCCCAAACCCCUGACUGUUCCAUAACUGACUUCAGAAAAAGCCACACUCUGUCCUACUUAGUCAAAGAAUUAGAGGUCCGCAUGGAUCUGAAAGCCAAAAUACCAGAUGACCAUGCACGAAAAAUUUUGCUUUCCCGUAUUAAUAACUAUACUGUCCCAGAAGAAGAAAUUGGGUCUUUCUUAUUUCACGCUAUUAAUAAGCCCAAUGCUCCUAUCUGGCUCAUUCUCAAUGAAGCUGGGCUGUACUGGAGAGCAGUAGGAAAUAGCACCUUUGCCAUUGCUUGUCUUCAGAGGGCUUUGAAUCUAGCUCCACUUCAAUACCAGGACAUUCCUCUUGUCAACUUGGCCAACCUUUUGAUUCACUACGGCCUCCAUCUUGAUGCCACCAAGCUGCUGCUUCAUGCUUUGGCUGUCAAUAGCUCUGAGCCCCUGACCUUUUUGAGCCUGGGAAAUGCUUACCUUGCUUUGAAGAAUAUCACUGGGGCGCUUGAAGCCUUCAGACAGGCCUUGAAAUUAACCACCAAAUGUCCAGAAUGUGAAAACAGCCUGAAGUUGAUCCGCUGUAUGCAGUUUUAUCCAUUUCUGUACAACAUCAGCUCUUCCGUUUGCAGUGGUGACUGUUAUGAGAAAGCCCUGGACAACGGCCAUGGCAAACAGAAAUAUUUUGACCACCCACAGUCACUGGACGCUGCUGAAGAAGAGCCCUCUGACAGAGGAACAGAGGAAGACCCUGAGCAUUCAAGGAGGGGCCCUGAGGCCCUUAGACUUGAAAGUACAGUGGUAGAGGAAAGCAAUGGUUCUGAUGAGAUGGAGAGCUCAGAUGAAGCAAAGAUGUCUGAAGAGAUCCUGGCUUUGGUGGAUGAAUUCCAACAGGCGUGGCCUCUGGAAGACCUUGGAGGAGCACUAGAGAUGAAGGGGCGGCGUCUAGACUUACAGGGGAUUCGGGUCCUGAAGAAAGGUCCCCAGGAUGGAGUGGCCAGAAGUUCUUGCUAUGGUGACUGCAGAAGUGAAGAUGAUGAAGCAACAGAAUGGAUCACAUUCCAGGUCAAACGAGUUAAGAAACCCAAAGGAGAUCCUAAGAAGACUCCUGGGAAAAAGGUGGAAUUGAACCAAGCAGAAAACGGACACCGUUACCAAGCAAACCUGGAGAUCACUGGCCCAAAGGUGGCAUCUCCUGGGCCGCAGGGAAAAAAACGUGACUACCAGAGUCUAGGAUGGCCCAGCCCCGACGAGUGCAUCAAACUCCGCUGGGUGGAGCUCACUGCCAUCGUGAGUACCUGGCUUGCAGUUUCUUCAAAAAACAUUGACAUCACAGAACACAUCGACUUUGCCACGCCCAUACAGCAGCCGGCGACAGAGCCUCUCUGCAACGGCAAUCUCCCCACGAGCAUGCACACCCUGGACCACUUGCACGGCGUGUCCAACCGAGCCAGCCUGCACUACACGGGCGAGAGUCAGCUCACAGAGGUACUGCAGAAUCUUGGCAAAGACCAGUACCCACAGCAGUCGCUUGAACAGAUUGGUACCCGAAUUGCCAAAGUUUUGGAGAAGAACCAGACGUCCUGGGUGCUUUCCAGCAUGGCGGCCCUCUACUGGAGAGUGAGAGGCCAAGGAAAGAAGGCCAUAGACUGCCUGCGCCAGGCCCUGCAUCACGCUCCACACCAAAUGAAAGACGUGCCCCUGAUCAGCCUGGCCAACAUCUUGCACAACGCCAAGCUCUGGAAUGAUGCUGUCAUCGUGGCCACCAUGGCGGUGGAGAUCGCACCGCACUUUGCCGUGAACCACUUCACGCUGGGCAACGUCUACGUGGCGAUGGAGGAGUUUGAGAAAGCGCUGGUGUGGUACGAGUCGACCCUGAAGCUGCAGCCAGAGUUUGUCCCAGCCAAGAACCGGAUCCAGACCAUCCGGUGUCACUUGAUGCUCAAGAAGGGGCGGCGUUCUCCGUAGGGCACCGCUGUUGUCUUCCCUCACCUCGCGCUCAGAGCAGAGUCUGCAGAGAGCCCAGUCAUCCGCAGCUCCUUCUCGCGACGCGUGUGGGGAUGGCCAAGACGCGGAAGGGACCUGGGCAGGUGUGGGAGUUGGCUCGGUGAGAUUUGAAGUUCCUCCCUCCCCCUGCCACCUCAGAGAAGGCACCUUCAGAAACACAUUUCCUCAAAGGAAACGCAGCUUAGAGAUGCCGUGUAAAUACUGAGCCAAGACAUUUCCGGAGCCUCGAGGCUUUAGGGCCUCUCUCCACGGUCCAGCCAGCCCCUCCCUGGAGGCGGCCAAAACCGCACCUCGCACUCUGCUUCCGUUGCAGCCUGUGUGCAGCGGGAGCGCCAGGCCCCCCAGCUCUCCGCCUGCCCCGGGCCUGUCCAUUCUGUGCUGCCCUCACCACUCUCAGAGGUCGUUUGCAGGGGAGGAAGGGGAAACUGAUUUUAGAAACAAAAUAUUCACAACAACAAAAACUCGUAGGGUCACCUGGCCUUCGUGAUGUUAUUUAUGUUGGGGAGGGAGGGGGGCUGAGAAGGGGAAUCAGCAGUGGCAACAUCUUUAUCAUUUUGUACUUUGAUUACCAAUCACAAGGAAACCAAUACGUUGCAAUGCUCUAUAACAGGUUUUAUAUAUAUAUAUAGAAUAUGUAUAUUUGAAGCCCUCUACAGACCAAGUCUGUGUGUUACUAAUUCUCUGCUCACUGUGUUACCCAUGUUGGGGUAGACGUGACUGUCAGCCGCCUCUCUGAGGCCUUCCCACCCAGCUCCUUGGGAAAGAGUAGGGAACGGAGGUCCAGGGUCUCCGCGCAGUGCCUCUGCCCGUGCUCCCAGGGGAACCAGGAACUCCAACAUUUCGUCAAGGGCACGAUCUGAGAACAAAAAUAAAAGUCAUUGAUGAGCAAAGCAGGUCUGUGGUGUGGGUUUUCUUCAGAACCAGGCUAAUUUGAGCCACCAUAGAGCCUGUCCGUAACCCUGCCUCUGACCUGCCCGGGACCUGCUUGCCUUUAUCUUCUUUUCCACAGCAAGGUGAGGGCCAAACCAUCCACCGCCCAGCUCUGAGGUGGGUGAACGCAUUAGCAUGAUGCAUUUGCCUGCAGAAGGCACACAGUCAGCCCAUAUUCAGAGUUUGGUAGGGCCGGGGAUUCAGUGGUGCCGUGCUUGCCUUGUACCAGAAAAAAAAAACAAAACAGUUUGUCGUACAGUUGACCUUCCCAGAGAAAGAAUCAACCACAUAGCCACAUCCCCCGAGGAGGACAGGUGGGGGGCAUCACCCCCAUAAGCGCCACAGAGAGAAGCGGCGGCUGUCACGCCUGUCAUGACAGUUCACAGACUUUCCCUGAGUGCCGUCCGCUCACCGCACUGGAGCACCUGGCCCACAGGCUCACCCUGUGAUCCCUUGGUGGUCGGGCACCCUGUGGACUCCGCCCUGUGUGCAGCUGGAGUCCAGUGACCUGCGUUGUUACCUGAUGUCUUUGGGGAAGAGCAAGCUCGUCUGUCACGGAAUGAACUGACCCUUUCCUGACGGGGAAGACCCUUCUAAAUCAGCCCACCUGUCUGAUUAUUCUCUCUGCGUCCCCACCCUGCCACCGCUGGGUGUUUUAAACGGUUGCUUGGUUUUCUGAUGCUGGCAUGUGAUGACGCUCACUCUUGGGUGCACGGUUCUCUGAGUUUUGCCAAGUACAGGGUCGCACAGAUGCCCCAGCCAUCAGGAUGGGAAAUGCCCACCGCUCAAAAAGGGUCCCUCAUGCUGUCCCUUCUUAGUGAAACCUUCCCACCCUUCACCCUCGGUGACUUCCGGCCUGUUCUGUUCCCUACAGUUGCUCCUCUUCCUUAGCGUCCUACAUUUGGAAUUUGCACAAACUGGACAAGGCAGCACAUGCCCAUAAUCCCAGGGGCAUAGGGCUGGGGAGGAUUCGAGGCCAAUCGGGGCAAUUGAUCGAGACCCUGUCUCCUCAUGAAAAGAUGGGCUGAGGAUGUAGCUCAGCGUGAAGAUCCUGGGCUCAAUUCCAUGCCACAGCAAGGUGGCAGGUUACACACUAUAUAUCCUAUUAAGUCUUUUUCACUUACCCUAAUGUGCUUGGGGUUCACCCAGGCUGUGUGAAUGAGUGGUUCGUUAACUUUUCCUUGCUGAAUAGUAUUCCAUCGUUUACUUGCCUGCCAGAGGACA